AUGCCUUGUAAGAUCCAAAUAUCAAAAGCACGAAGGGAAAAACCAUUGAAUGAUGCGCUAACAGGUGGCCUCUGCCUUUUUGCAUUAGCUACAUUAGUAUUGGACUCUUUAACCCUUGGAUAUUACCAUGAACUGUACCAGUGCACUUCAGUCAUUGCCACUUCAUUUCCGAUUGUCCAAGCUGUCUUUACCGUCAUACAGGUAUCUCUACUUUCAUUUUAUGCUAAGGUCUGUAUACAGGAGCAACAGCACUUAAAUAGGUUUGGCCUUAUGCAUACACUUGCCACUAACAUACUGAUGUGGAUGAGUGUUGUACUGGAUGAGUCAUUAAAGCAGUUGGAGGAAAUGUAUGAUAUCCACAAGGAAUCAGUGAGCAUGGUGCCAGGUUCCGGAAUACCCACCAAUAGCUGUAUCUGCCAUGCUGACCUGUGCCAGAUUUUCUCCGAAGGAGCUGCCUAUUUGCAUCCAUUCAAUAUUGAGUUUAGCCUUUUCUCUUCCACCAUGCUCUAUGUCAUUUGGAAGAAUACAGGGAAAAAGCCUUGCUCCAUGAAGAUUUCAGGGCAUCACACAAGAGGAUUUCAUAUCAACGGGGCUUUUGUUGGUCUGAUUUUAGGAGCAUUUGCCAUAUCAGCCACAUUUGGUGUCAUGAUUUCCUUUGGUGUUCUUGCCAAAUCACCAGGAACUGUCCCAGAGGCCUUACGUAUAUAUUACCUGUUUAACUCUGUGUUGCUUUCUGCUAUAUUUGUUGCUUCUCUCAUUGGUGUCAUAACUUGUCGUCUCCAGAAACAUCCCUUCUUUGAUGACAAAACUAAAAGUGUCGUUAGAAGCCUGGACAUUACUUUGCUGGUGGGAAGCUCGUGUGGCCCAUUGAUGGUGUCUGUGUUUUCAUUAGUUGCUAUCUUCUUUCUUCACAUCGAAGGCAACCUCUAUGCUUUGGAUCUCUGCUUCUCUCUUUGUAAAACUAUACAGAUACUUGGCCAAAAUCUCUUCAUUACUGAGGCGCUUUACAUUGGACCUUCUGUAAGUAAACGUGAUACCAAGGAACAGAUCUUUUCCAUAUCUCAAGAAACUGCUGAUGAAAUAAUUGAUUAUGGAGUAAAGAAUUUAUCCAAGAAAGGUGAAAGUAGGGGUCCUUUCCUAAAACCCGACACCAGUGCCCAUAACUCACAACUUUCGGUGGACUUAAAUAAAGAUGUUCCCAAGAAUCUGCAAAAUGGCAGCAGCAUGAAAGCUGCAUCAAACACAAGGGAGAGUUUUAAGGAAGAAGUUAAAGAGCCCUUAUUUAGUACUCGGAGAAAGAUACUGCAGAAUAUCUCUAUCCUUCUUAUCUGUUACAACAUAUCAGUUUGGAUCUUAUAUGCCUACGGUACCCGCCCUCAUUUGGUGAGCAAGAUCGAACAGUCCUUCUAUGGCUUCACCCUCUGGGUGAUCAUCGUCAAAAUCUCUCUGCCACUGGGAAUCUUUUACCGCAUGCAUUCUGUUGCCAGUUUGUUUGAGGCGUAUUGUAACAUAUGUGCAGCCGCUUGCUAAUCGUUGUACAGCAGGAGAGCUCCAUCUCAUCCUUUUAUGUGCACACAGCAUUCAAUCUUUGACUGACCAAUCAACAAUUGCUUCUUUUCCCUUUGUUAUUUGCAUAAAAUUCACUGUUUAAAGUUUGUUGUGUUUUCUUGCUAUUCAUAUGUUAUAACCUGUGAAAAUUGAGCAAAAUUCUAAUAUUUGUCAUGCAAGUUUUAUCGAUAGAUGGCAUUCACUGGAUAGCAUAUGAUGUGUAUUGCUGUCAGGGCAACAUAUAUGGCAGCUCCUACUCCUACCUAUAUUGCAGAUAAAUGUGUAAA